AUGAAGUUUACUCUCCUCACCCAGGCUUUUCUCGCCAUCUCUUCCAUCACUGGAGUCAUUGCUUCUCCUACUCCUGAUGUUGCCAAUGAUUCCUCACUCGACAAGCGCAGAGACUGUUCGUUGACAAUCAAGUAUGAAAAGGUCUUUGUUGAGGACGGUAUGGAUAGAUACCGCCAUUGGCUUAUCACCGAACCUCGCGAAGACAAGCACCUCCAAUUUUGGUGCGAGGCAACCUAUCAUGCGCAGUACAUGUACAACAGACAGUGCUACUGGGGCAGUGAUGGAAAGUACUACGUUGAUGUGAGCGUGGCUCGAGGUCCUGCCGGUCAUGAUUACCUUAUGAGCACAUACAAUGGUGCGAGCGAGGACUAUGAAAGACUCACCCAAUGCAAGGCUAUUAGGCAGUUCUAG